CCCAAGAAAGCAAAGCCCAACUCAUCAGCGGCUCAUGCAGGAGCAGGAGGGGUUUUGGAGUUAACUGCAUGCAGGAAAUCUCUCACAUCCUGAGUCCCAGCUCGCUCCUCUCUGUAACUGUAUAUUAUGGAGCUGCUCUCCAGCCCCAGCUGAUGAAAGUUUGUCUCCCUCAGUCUGGGCUAAGAUGUCAAAGCCUCUCCAUACAGAGCAGCAGCGCUUCCCUCCUCCGCACCCCCCAGCCUACAUUUCCAUGCUACUGCUGAGCCUCAGCUGGCUCUUUUUAGCAUCCCCCCGAGCUGAAGGUCAGAAUGUGGACAGCAAAUUGGAGUCCUCCAGACAGCAGAUGCCAAAGGACCAGCCAAAAGAUUAUGAGAUAACAAUUCCUUUCCUCUUGAAUGGAGAGCAGUGGAGACCAGUAAAUGGCAGUUACUCAAAGAAUCACCCAGCACUGCUUCAGUUUGUCAUACAAGCUGAAAGUCAACAUCUAGUCAUCAAUCUGGAGAGGAAUGAGGGCCUGUUAGCCAGCACCUUCACAGAAACCCACUAUUUGGGAGACGGCACUGAUGUGGUUCUCACACGCAAUUACACGGGUCACUGCUACUACCAUGGCAAUGUACAAGGGUACCCCAACUCCUUGGUCAGUCUCAGUACCUGCUCUGGACUCAGGGGAAUUAUUGUAUUUGAAAACAAAAGCUAUGUCCUGGAACCAUUAGAAGGUGCUACAAGUGAACACAAAAUCUAUCAAGCAGAGAAUUUGAAAAUAACCCCAGGAUCUUGUGGCCACCAGCUGGACAUCUCUGCCAUGGGAGCUGAUGGCAAUGAUACAUCACACCAUUCUCAAGCUGGCAGGUACAAGCGGGAGACUCUGAAGACAACGAAGUAUGUGGAGCUUGUUAUUGUGGCAGAUAAUCGUGAGUUUCAGAGGCAAGGCAAGGAUGUGGAGAAAAUUAAGCAGAGGCUGAUAGAAAUUGCAAACUAUGUUGAUAAGUUCUAUAGGUCACUAAAUAUUCGAGUAGCCUUGGUUGGAGUGGAAGUAUGGAAUGACAUGGAUAAGUGUUCUAUUUCUCAAGAUCCUUUCACCAGCCUCCAUGAGUUCCUGGACUGGAGAAAGCUAAAACUACUACCUCGUAAACCCCAUGACAAUGCACAGCUGAUAAGUGGGGUGUACUUCCAAGGGACCACCAUUGGCAUGGCACCCAUAAUGAGCAUGUGUACUGCAGAGCAGUCCGGAGGCGUUGUCAUGGAUCACUCAGAAAACCCUCUUGGUGCAGCAGUCACUCUGGCUCAUGAACUGGGACACAAUUUUGGAAUGAAUCAUGACACACUGGAGAGGGGCUGUAACUGCAAAGCAUCCACCGAUAAAGGGGGUUGCAUCAUGAACCCCUCCACUGGCUAUCCAUUUCCCAUGGUAUUCAGUAGCUGCAGUAGAAAGGACCUGGAAAACAGCCUGGAAAAAGGAGUGGGAAUGUGCCUAUUUAAUUUGCCUGAAGUUAAGGAGUCCUUUGGUGGACAGAAAUGUGGCAAUGGCUAUGUGGAAGACGGAGAGGAGUGUGACUGCGGGGAACCUGAUGAAUGUACCAACUGGUGCUGCAAUGCAACUACCUGUACUUUGAAACCAGGAGCAGUGUGUGCGCAUGGACUCUGCUGUCAGGACUGCCAGUUAAAACCAGCAGGAAUUUCUUGCAGAGAGUCAAGCAACUCCUGUGAUCUGCCAGAGUUUUGCACAGGAGCCAGCCCUCACUGCCCAGCCAACGUCUAUCUGCAUGAUGGGCAUGCAUGCCACAUGGUGGAUGGUUACUGCUACAACGGCAUAUGCCAGACCCAUGAGCAGCAGUGUAUCACCCUCUGGGGCCAAGGUGCAAAGCCUGCUCCUGGGAUCUGCUUUGAGAGAGUCAAUUCUGCAGGGGAUCCUUAUGGCAACUGUGGCAAAGACUCCAAGAGCUCCUUUGCUAAAUGUGAACCCAGAGAUGCUAAAUGUGGGAAAAUCCAGUGUCAAGGAGGAGCAAAUCGACCUGUGAUUGGUACCAAUGCUGUUUCCAUAGAAACUAACAUCCCACUUCAGGAAGGUGGCAAGAUUCUGUGUCGGGGUACCCAUGUGUAUUUGGGCGAUGAUAUGCCUGAUCCUGGCCUUGUCCUGUCGGGAACCAAGUGUGAGGAUGGAAAAAUUUGCCUGAAUCGCCGGUGCCAGAAUACAAGUGUUUUUGGUGUCCAUAAAUGUGCAACAAAGUGCCAUGGACGUGGAGUCUGCAACAAUAAAAAGAACUGUCACUGUGAGGCUGAUUGGGCACCCCCAUACUGUGACAAGCCAGGGUUUGGUGGCAGCUUGGACAGUGGACCCAUUAGGCAAGCAGAUAAUAAGAGUUUAACUGUAGGAGUGUUGAUAACCAUCCUGUGCCUUAUCUUUGCUGGAUCAAUCAUGUACCUGAAAAGGAAAGCGUUCAUGAGAUGGUUGUUUACAAGUAAAAAGACGACAAUAGAGAAAUUAAGGUCUGUGCGUCCAGCAAGACCUUCCAGUUCAUCUGAGCCUCAGCAUGUUCACACCACAUCUCUCAGUAAAAACCUUAUCAUGAAGCCACAGAAUACAAACACACAAAAAAGAGCUGGUCCGAGAAGGCCAAUACCAUACCAGAUCAUUGACAUCAGCAGUCCUGUGAAGACACAUGAUUUGUCACAACUGAAAAAACCUCAGCGAGUCCUACCACCUCUUCCUCAGCUGCCAGGUCAUCAAGCUGUACCUGAAAGACCCUUGCCAGCUAACCCUUCACUGAGGUUCACCCAGGAAAACCACAAACCCAACCCUCCUCGGAAGCCCCUACCAGCAGACCCUCUGACCAAAGCACGCUGUAGCACAGCAUGCACGACAGUGCCUGGACACACAAAAGCUCUGCCUCAUGUUGCUCCUCUAAGACCUGCACCUAAGCAUCCGCCACAGAUACCCAGGACCAGCCAUAAUGCUGAUGCGAACUGACUAGAAAAUCUGACACCUUUAUUUUAAAGAGUGAAGACAGAAGUUUGCACUAUCUUCAGACUCCAGCUGGAGCUCAUUUUUAUGACAAUACAUAGGAUUUUUAAAGUUUAAAACAGCAUUUUUUUAAAGGAAUUCUGAGCUACUGCCUUUGGUGCUGUGCUGUGCUAUGGUGCUCUGUAUACUUGCUCAGGUACUUGUAAAUUAUUAAUUUAUGUUGAAUAUUUAUUACAGUGCAGUGCACUGUAGUAGAUAUUUUUACCAUAGCUGAGUUUUCCUAAAAAGGAAGCCUUUGUUGUUGUUGGUAAUAUUUCACUGAACUUGAAUAAUUCUGCUCUAUCGGUCCUAUGUAGAGUUUUUAGUUUUGAUCUGUUUGUUAAGGAGGGCUGAUACUCAUGGGUAAAUCAAAUGUAUAAACAACUCAAUCUCAAUGGCUCAGAACAAACUUUUGAAUAAUUAUAUCAGGGUUAAGAAAAAAAAAGUCUGGAACAAAAGAGGCAGUGAAAAUGGUUAGGGGGAUGGUGCAUGGCUCUUGCAAAGAAAGGCUGAGAGACAUGGGGGUCUUUAGUAUGGAGAAGAACAGAUGGAGAGAGAAUCUUCUCAGUGCUGAUCAAUAGCUAGAGGGUGCAGGUCAAGAAGAUGGGGCUGGGCUCUUUUCAGUGGUGCUCAGUGACAGGACAGUGUGCAGUGGGCACAAACUGGAGCACAGGAGAGUUCACCUAAAGAGAAGAAAAGACUUCUUUGCUGCGAGGGUGCUGGAGCCCUGCAGCAGGUGACCAGAGAAGCUGUGGAGUUUUCUUCUCUGGAGAGAUUUCAAACCCACCCAAACAUUGUGGUUCUGGGCAAGCUGCUGUGGGUGAUCCUGCUUUAGCAGGGGGGUUGGACUGGAUGAUCCCCAGAUAUCCCUUCCAACCCCCAGCAGGCCGGGAUUCCGUGCGCGUGAUGAAAUGCCCAACACCUACACGCAGAUAUGUAACCUAUGGACUUAACCAAAGGAGCUCAGUGUUAGCAGCCGUGCUGUAAUUUCAGUUUGCAAGUUGCUGUUUGAAACCAUUGAUAAAUCUGUGCUGAAAGAGGAUGCCUUCACAUUGCAAAGGUGCUCUUACUCAAGAAGUACUGUAUAUCAGAAAACUGUAUUUUCUUUAACCUCAUUUUCCUCCAACGUGGUAUGGCUAGUAGGUAUUAAUGCAGAUAUCAGCCCUCCCAGCAUCACUAUCUUUCUGAUGCUUUGGUAAUUAAAUUCAACUACACUGUGUAAGGUGACAACACCUCACACAGCUGUCCUAUUUAGACUGACAGUAAAUUACAUAGAGGGGUGGGGGAAAGCCAAGCAUUACAAAGAAUUACAUUGUCAGUGUCAACUAUUAUACUUAUUUCUUUUGCCUCAUCGCUCUGCUUAUCAACUGUACUUUGCUUCCUUACUACUGUUUUGUAUUUAACUUCUAAAGCUUGUUCUGGGGUUCUUAAUUUUCAAAUCAAAAUGUAUAUUUUCAUACAUAGACUUUGGUUGUCCUAAGAAAUGGAGGAAAAAAAAAAAGCCAUCUCUUUACCGUGUGGUAGCAUUACAGCAGAUCUCUUCUGUACCUUCUCACUACCGCUGCUGAUUCCAGUUGUUUCCACCUGUGCUGUAAUAAGCACAAUGUUCAAAUAGAAUAGUUGAAAUAGAACUAUUACCUUAUAGAGGUUGGUUUCCUCAUUGCUUGUAGUUUUUGUUUCUUUAAGCAAAAAAUAAAAGCAUUGAUAGAAACUUGGA